GGCCGACUGGAUGGAUGGCUUUUAAAUUCGGGGCGUUUUUUUCUUGUCUUUUCGGAUUUUUUUCCUUAAGUUUUGCUAUGCUUGAACGCUGCGCUCUUCGUCUCGCCUUGGUGUCGUGAAGAGAAGCUAUAAACGAUGGCCGACAGAGGUGUGGACCUGUCCAUUCUUCCCAAAGAGGUUCGGGAUCAGCUGGCCGAGUUGGACCUCGAGCUCUCGGAAGGGGACAUCACGCAGAAGGGCUAUGAAAAGAAGAGAGCCAAGCUACUGGCACCUUACAUCCCUCAGACUCAAGGUGUAGAUCCUGCUCUGCAGACGGAACACAGAAACCAGACUUCCACUCCUGCACCAGCAUCUUCGUCUUCCAAGUACCACCGUGCCCGGUCUGGGGGCACCCGGGAUGAACGCUACAGAUCAGAUAUUCACACAGAAGCAGUGCAGGCAGCCUUGGCAAAGCACAAGGAGCAGAAGAUGGCGCUGCCCAUGCCCACCAAAAGGCGCUCAACUUUCGUGCAGUCACCUGUCGAUGCUUGCACCCCUCCAGACACAUCGUCGGCCUCAGAGGACGAGGGCUCCCUCCGGAGGCAGGCGGCCCUGACCGCAGCCAUCACGCAGAGCCUUCAGAAUACGGAGUCCUGGAUCAACAAGUCUGUGCAGGGCUCCUCGACUUCAUCGUCGGCCUCGUCGACGCUGUCGCACGGCGAGGGCAAAUCCCAGCUGCAGAUCAGCUCGCUGGCUGACGUCCUUGCGCACGCGCGGAUAGAGACCCUGCCGGCUCCUCCCGAUGUUACCACGUGUUCCUCCUCCUCCUCUGACCGGACUUCCCGCAUCGACCUUCCCCCCUCUGGACCCGUCAAGGGCAUGAGUCGAGGGCUGAGCAAGACGAGCAUCAUGGAGACGGCGGAUGGGGUGCCGGUGCAUAGCAGAGUGUCUACAAAGAUUCAGCAGCUCUUGAACACCCUGAAGAGACCAAAGCGGCCACCCCUGAAGGAGUUCUUCGUGGAUGACUUCGAGGAGAUUGUGGAAGUGCCACAGCCUGACCCGAACCAGCCCAAACCGGAGGGGCGGCAGAUGAUCCUGGUGAAGGGGGAGCCAUUGGGAGUUGUCAGCAACUGGCCACCUGCCAUUGAGGCAGCACUUCAGAGAUGGGGGACCACCCAGGCUAAAGCUUCCUGCCUGACCACUUUGGACGUCACGGGGAAGCCCCUUUACACACUGACAUACGGAAAGCUGUGGAGUCGGAGUCUUAAACUGGCAUACACACUUCUAAACAAGCUGGGGACGAAGAACGAGCCAAUGCUGAAACCUGGAGACAGGGUGGCACUGGUGUACCCCAAUAGUGACCCAGGAAUGUUCUUAGUGGCCUUCUAUGGAUGUCUUCUGGCAGAAGUGAUCCCAGUCCCAAUUGAGGUACCGUUAACCAGAAAGGAUGCUGGAAGCCAACAGAUUGGCUUCCUGCUGGGCAGCUGUGGCGUGGCGUUGGCGCUGACCAGUGAGAUUUGCUUGAAGGGCCUGCCGAAGACGCAGAAUGGGGAGAUUGUACAGUUCAAAGGGUGGCCGCGGCUGAAAUGGGUUGUGACGGACUCAAAGUACCUGACCAAACCUUCCAAGGAUUGGCAACCGCACAUCCCCACAGCUAACACGGACUUGGCCUACGUCGAGUACAAGGCAAGCAAGGAAGGUAGUGUGAUGGGAGUGGCAGUUUCCCGGAUAACCAUGCUGAACCACUGCCAGGCCCUCACCCAAGCCUGCAACUACACAGAAGGAGAAAUUCUGGUGAAUGUUCUUGACUUCAAGAAGGAUGUCGGACUCUGGCACGGGGUUCUCUCUAGCGUGAUGAAUAAAAUGCACACGGUCAGCGUUCCUUAUGCAGUCAUGAAAGCCUGUCCUCUCUCCUGGGUGCAGCGAGUCUAUGCGCACAAAGCUAAGGUGGCUCUGGUGAAGUGUCGAGACCUGCACUGGGCUAUGAUGGCUCACCGAGACCAGCGAGACAUCAACCUCAGUUCCCUACGAAUGCUUAUUGUAGCAGAUGGAGCCAAUCCCUGGUCGGUGUCUUCAUGUGAUGCCUUCCUCACUGUGUUCCAGAGUCAUGGCCUGAAGCCUGAGGUCAUUUGCCCGUGUGCCACCUCCCCUGAGGCAAUGACUGCCGCCAUCCGCCGGCCAGGUGUCCCUGGGGCUCCACUUCCAGCACGUGCUAUUCUCUCUAUGAGCGGACUGAGCUACGGAGUGAUUCGGGUGAACACAGAGGACAAGAAUUCGGCCCUGACUGUUCAGGACGUCGGACACAUCAUGCCAGGAUCCCUGAUGUGCAUCGUCAAACCUGACGGACCACCCCAGCUUUGUAAAACUGAUGAGAUCGGAGAGAUUUGUGUGAGUUCUCAACCCGGGGGCAUGAUGUAUUACGGAUUGCCUGGGGUCACCAAAAGCACUUUUGAGGUGAUACCAGUGAAUGCAGCAGGUGCGCCCAUUGGGGAGAACCCCUUUGUCCGCUCAGGUUUGCUUGGCUUUGUGGGCCCGGGCAGUCUGGUGUUUGUGGUAGGCAAGAUAGAUGGCUUGCUGAUGGUCAGUGGCCGAAGGCACAAUGCGGAUGACAUCGUAGCCACGGCUCUGGCUGUAGAGCCUGUCAAGACGGUCUACAGAGGAAGAAUUGCAGUCUUCUCAGUGACGGUAUUUUAUGAUGAGCGCAUUGCUGUUGUGGCUGAGCAGCGGCCUGAUGCCUUAGAGGAGGACAGCUUUCAAUGGAUGAGCCGAGUUCUGCAGGCUAUUGACAGCAUCCACCAGGUCGGUCUGUACUGCCUGGCACUCGUACCUGCUAACACCCUCCCUAAGACCCCUCUAGGGGGUAUUCACAUUGCCCAGACUAAGCAACACUUCCUGGAUGGAAACCUGCAUCCCUGUAAUAUUCUAAUGUGUCCUCACACCUGUGUGACAAACCUACCCAAGCCUCGGCAGAAGCAGCCAGUUGGUGUCGGGCCAGCCUCCAUUAUGGUUGGGAACUUAGUUGCUGGGAAGCGUAUUGCACAGGCAUCUGGUCGGGACUUGGGACUCAGCGAGGAUCAGGACCUGGUUAAAAAGUACCAGUUCUUGUCAGAAGUAUUGCAGUGGCGGGCCAACAGUGACCCUGAUCACCUCCUCUUCGUCCUGCUCAAUUCAAAGGGUCUGCCUGUCAGCACGGCUACUUGCAUUCAGUUGCACAAGCGAGCAGAGAAGAUUGCCGCUGCCCUGAUGGAGAAGGGGAACCUCAACACCGGAGACAACGUGGUGCUGCUUUACCCGCCUGGAAUUGACUUGAUUGCUUCCUUCUAUGGCUGCCUGUAUGCUGGCUGUAUCCCUGUGACCGUGAGGCCACCGCACCUGCAGAACCUGGCAGCCACACUGCCCACAGUUCGCAUGAUCAUUGAAGUCAGUAAGGCCGCAUGCAUUUUGACAACCCAAAACCUGAUGAAGACUCUGAAGUCAAAGGAGGCUGCAGUGACUGUGGACGUCAAGACCUGGCCUACCAUCAUCGACACAGAUGACCUUCCUCGGAGGCGACCGCCUCAGAUUUAUAAACCUCCAACGGCAGAGAUGUUGGCCUACCUGGAUUUCAGUGUGUCCACCACAGGCAUGCUUACAGGAGUCAAGAUCUCCCAUGUUGCUGUGAGCACAUUGUGCCGAUCCAUCAAGCUUCAGUGUGAGCUCUACUCGUCGCGCCAGAUCGCCAUUUGCCUGGAUCCUUACUGCGGCCUGGGUUUUGUGCUCUGGUGUCUCUGCAGCGUUUACUCAGGCCACCAGUCCAUCCUUAUCCCACCAUUAGAGCUGGAGACCAACCUAUCACUCUGGCUGUCUGCUGUCAGCCAGUAUAAGAUCAGAGACACGUUCUGUUCCUACUCAGUCAUGGAAAUGUGCACAAAAGGCCUGGGGUCCCAGACAGAAGCACUGAAGGCCCGUGGCAUUAAUCUGUCCUGCGUGCGGGGUUGCGUGGUCGUAGCAGAAGAGCGUCCCCGAAUGGCGCUCACCCAGUCCUUCUCUAAGCUGUUCAAGGACCUGGGCUUAUCUCCCCGAGCUGUCAGCACCACCUUUGGGUCAAGGGUGAACUUAGCCAUCUGCUUGCAGGGUACUACUGGACCAGAGCCUACUACAGUUUAUGUUGACAUGAAGUCACUGAGGCAUGACAGAAUUCGCUUGGUUGAGCGUGGAGCCCCCCAGAGCCUACCGCUGAUGGAGUCAGGAAAAAUGCUUCCGGGUGUCAGAGUUCUCAUAGUGAAUCCUGAAACUAAGGGGCCUUUGGGAGAUUCUCAUCUUGGAGAGAUCUGGGUGAAUAGCCAGCACAACGCCAGUGGCUAUUAUACUAUCUAUGGGGACGAGAGUCUUCAGGCUGACCAUUUCAACACCAAGCUGAGCUUUGCAGACACAGAGACCUUAUGGGCUCGGACCGGAUACCUGGGAUUUGUCAAGAGGACUGAGCUUUUAGGUGCCAGCAAAGACCGCCAUGAUGCUCUCUAUGUGGUGGGUGCACUGGAUGAAACUUUGGAACUCAGGGGGCUGCGAUACCACCCUAUUGACAUCGAGACCUCGGUGUCCCGGACCCAUAGGAGCAUCGGCGAAUGUGCUGUGUUCACUUGGACCAACCUGUUAGUCGUGGUUGUCGAGUUGUGUGGAUCAGAGCAAGAGGCCUUAGACCUUGUUCCGUUGGUAACCAAUGUAGUUCUGGAGGAGCAUCACUUGAUAGUGGGUGUGGUGGUCGUGGUGGACCCUGGCGUGAUCCCCAUCAACUCACGUGGCGAGAAGCAACGUAUGCACCUAAGGGACAGUUUCCUUGCCGACCAGCUUGACCCCAUCUAUGUGGCCUACAACAUGUAGCGAUAAGAUCCACGUGAAACAAGAGCAGUGAGAGGAGCUCUGCCCGUCCGGACCCUUACAACUGGUUCUGGGCAUCUGAGUCUACUGUCUCCACCAAGAAGUUUCCUGGAGCUUGGGACAGAAAGUUAAAAGGAAAAUAGAAAAAUAAAAACAAAAGCAUCUCAUUGGCUGCCACUGGACGUGGAGUGAUGUCACGAGGUCUGCUGUGCCCUUGGUCAAUGGCUCUGCGGCACGUGAAGCUAACCAAAGUGUCGUGCCCGUCUGCUUUCAGUGGCAGUAAAACCAAGGAGAUGAUUGAGUCUGCUUUUUCCAUCUGAUCCUGGACUCCUUGAAUCAGCCCAUGCAAUUUGUAUAGGAAAGCGAGGAAAAAA